AUGGCAAAGGACAAAAGGGGCAGAAUGAUCUCGAACUCCUACGAAUCUGAUGAGGAUAAAUAUUCCAAGAGAAUCAAAAAACACCAUAAGUUAAAUUUUGCAGAGAAAGAUCCCGAUAAUGGUUCAUAUAAAAAAAAAAAUUACGAAAAUGAUAAAAGUAAAUUAAAUUUAAAAAAAGACCAAAAGAAAAAUUCAAAAGAAAAUUUAAAUUCAUUUAGUUCUCAUCAUUCUAUUAGUAGCAAUUCUGAUUCGAAUAACCUCGGCUUGGACAUCUCUGGUGGAUCGACAUCGAACAGCGAGGAUGAAUUUAAAAUUUUGAAGGAGGAAGAAAAUGAAGAUAAAUUUCUGGAAGAAAGGAGACGAAAAAGAGAGGCAAUAAAAGAGCGACUUAAGGAUUUGGUGAGUGAUAACGAAAAGGGGAAUGACGUGGUAAGCGGCGACUUGGGCGACCUGAGCGUCCUGGGCGACGGUAAUGAUACCCUACGCAGCGGUAAGGAGGACCCUAGUGACAAUGUAAAAAAGGAGGAAGGCGAAGACGCCUUCUCGAGUUGCAACAAAAAUGACUUAGCCGAAAGCUUAAACGAGAUCCCCCCCAUGCUGGACGAUGUGGACCAUGAUGACGCGGCCUGUAUAUUCGAGCCAAACAAGGAAGUCAUGGAGGAAACCUGUUCGUCGCUAUCGUCCGACCACGAAAUGAUAGAGGACAAGUCGACCAAAGAGAAAAGCGAGUCGGUUAAGGAGUCCAGUGAUUUAUAUAGUGACUUAAAAAAGAAAAUUACGGAAGAGAAGGCCAAAAUUAGGGCCUUUAUAAUUAAGCAGAAGGAGCUGCACGAGCGGACCAAGAUGAACAUCGAGGAAGGACCCCUUACCAAUAAAAAUAAGGACGACGAGACAACCAGUAAGCGACUCAUUGGUAGUAAACUCCAGGGAGUCGAAGAAUACGAAGAAGAAGACAACGAAAAUGACGAGGUAGAUAUGUUCUCAACUGUGCAGCCAAACAAAAAGAAAAAAAUUGAAAAAAUUAGAAUAACUGAUUAUUAUGCUUCUGGCAAUGUGAACUUAGCGGAUAACUGGAACGACUCGGAGGGAUACUAUAAGGCCAUCGUUGGUGAAGUCAUUGACAAUCGCUACAGUGUCGUGUGCGAACUAGUCGGUAAGGGAGUCUUCUCCAACGUUUUAAAGUGUUACGACAAAGUGGGAAAAAUCCCCGUGGCCAUCAAAGUCAUUCGAGAUAACGAUAUGAUGCGAAAAGCAGCAGAGAAGGAAAUAUCUAUCUUAAAAAAAUUAAACGAGUAUGAUAAGGACAACAAGAGACACAUCGUUCGUUUGUUGCGGAGCCUCAAGUAUAAGAACCACCUCUGCUUGGUUUUCGAGUGGAUGUGGGGAAACCUAAGGAUAGCUCUCAAAAAAUACGGCAAUGGGUACGGGCUGAAUGCCACAGCCGUGCACUGCUACACGAAGCAGCUCUUUAUAGCCCUCAGACAUAUGCGCAAGUGCAGGAUCAUGCAUGCUGAUUUAAAACCGGACAACAUACUAAUAAAUGACAAGUUCAACGCGCUAAAGGUAUGCGACUUGGGAAGCGCAAGCGACAUAUCAGAAAACGAAAUUACCUCCUACCUAGUUAGUCGAUUUUACAGAGCCCCGGAGAUCAUUCUUGGAUUUCGCUACGAUGCACAGAUUGACGGGAAAUCGAACAACCACAUGAUCAAGCUGAUGAUGGAAUACAAAGGGAAAUUUUCUCACAAAAUGAUAAAAGGGGGUCAGUUUUAUUCGCAGCAUUUUAAUGACAACCUGGACUUCAUCUACGUGGAUAGGGACUAUUACACGAAGAAGGAAGUGGUGCGAAUUAUAUCUGAUUUGAGACCCACCAAAAAUAUAACGUGCGAUUUGCUGGAGCAUCAGUAUUGGUUGAAAGGAAAUAGCCCCAAGAUGCAGUUUUUAAAAAAAAAAAUAAAGCAGCUGGGGGACUUGCUGGAGAAGUGCCUCAUGCUGGACCCCACGAAACGGUACACGCCGGACCAGGCCCUGCAGCAUCCAUACUUGAGGGAGUCCAUUCACUUUACCAAAUCGCAAAAUGAGUGA